AUGUCGAAACUCUCACCAGGACUCAAAGCGCUCAUCAACGCGCCGUUUGCGAGGCCGGGGCCGUGCAGGGUCGCAAAGGGCGCUGCGUCGGCGGUGAUGGGGGAGGUGUUUCGGGGGAUUGCGCGGGAGGCGAGGGGGAAGGGCGUUGGGGCGAGGGCGUGGCUGGCGAUUUCGGCCGCUGCUACGUUCACACUCAACUCACCCGACGCGCUCUCCAUCCUGCACGGCGUCGCCACCGCCGAGCGAGGAGGCUCUUCAACAGCCGAGGUGCGCACUGCAGAAUUCAUCCGCGAAGUCGGCCUCAAGUGCAUCUCCUUCAACGGCAUCCCGCGCACAAUCAACUGCCUUAAUGCCUUUCACGCGUCUCUUCCCGAGCAUAUCACUGCGGCAUUAGGCAGGGAGUCAUCGCGGACACUAACAGCAGAGAACGUUGAGAGCGUGAAGGCCCGGGGCAGAGGCUUGUGGGAUUCUAUUUACGCGCCGUUUGAAGACAAGUUGGUUGAUAAGCUGGGCGUAUCGCAUCCUGAUUUACCCGUGGUGAUUCUAAACUGCCAUUACGGGCCGUUACUGUCUGAUCCGGAAGGGGGACAGACGAAGAGAGGCCUGGGGAGGGUCAUGACGAGCUUGGUGGCGGUAGCGAGCUUGAGGGCGCAGACGGGCGUUGGGCCGCAAGUGCUGUCUCAUGUGUUUGGGCUGAGGAAGGCGGUUGAUGACGGGACGUUUCGGGAUGAUUUGGAGGUUGAGGGCGUAAAAGAGGAGAGGGAGAGUGAGGAGGGCGUGAGGUGGUUGGCGGGGGAUGAGGGGGGGGAGUGGAUGUUGAAGGCUGUGGAUAGGAUUGUGGAUGGGCUGGGGGGGAGCAAUUUUGGAGCGAAGCUGUGA